UAUGUCAGAAUUAGGCGGUCAAUGUUGAUGUUGAACUUGAAUAAAAAUUGGAAAACCAGCUCAUUUUCGGCACGCUGUUUUCUUAUUUAUUCAGUUGUAUAGAUAGAUAUGUGAUUUCCGUGAAAAUUUAAGAAAUUGUUGUUAAUCGUUGGACAUUAGAACGGUUUGCCUUGAUUCAGUAUCCAUUUGCCUAGGAAAAAUCAGUAUGGACUUCUUAGAAUACUCAGAUAUACAAGCUGAAAUAAAAGGAUGUAUGACUCCUGGCAAAUUGAAGAUGACCGAUCAGAACAUUGCUUUCAAAAACAGCAAGACAGGAAAGGUAGAACAGAUACAAGUAAGCGAUUUAGAUGAUGUUUUCUUUCAAAAUUUUGCUGGGUCCCUAGGCCUUAGGAUAUUCCUCAAGAAUGGUAAUUUAUUCAGAUUUGCUGGUUUCAAAGAAUCUGAAAAAGAGAAAUUGGCCAAAUAUUUUUCCUCCUCAUGUAAAAUCACAUCGUUGGAAAAGGAGCUCAGCUUGAAAGGAUGGAAUUGGGGUACUGCUAAAUUUACUGGAUCUGUUCUGAGUUUCAACGUUGGAGAGAAGACAGCUUUUGAAAUUCCACUGAAUUAUGUAUCACAAUGUACAUCCGGUAAAAAUGAAAUUACCAUGGAAUUCCACCAAAAUGAUGAUGCCCCAGUAAGUUUAAUGGAAAUGAGGUUCUUCAUUCCUCAGAGUGAAUUAGCUGGAGAUGUUGAUCCUGUGGAAGCAUUCCAGGAGAAUGUUAUGAAGAAAGCUAGUGUUAUCAAUGUAUCCGGUGAUGCAAUUGCAAUUUUCAGGGAAAUCCAUUGCCUUACACCUCGUGGUCGUUACGAUAUAAAAAUAUUCAACACAUUCUUCCAACUCCAUGGUAAAACUUUCGAUUACAAAAUACCUAUGUCAACAGUGCUCAGGCUAUUCAUUUUACCUCAUAGAGAUCAAAGACAAAUAUUUUUCGUUAUAAGUUUAGAUCCCCCAAUCAAACAAGGACAGACUAGAUACCAUUUUCUGGUACUUUUAUUCAGACAAGAAGAGGAAACUUCUAUUGAACUUCCCUUCUCAGAUGAAGAGUUGAAAACGAAGUUUGAGGGAAGGUUAGAAAAAGAAAUUUCUGGACCCACAUAUGAAGUUUUGGGAAAAGUUAUGAAGGCUAUAAUUAAUCGUAAAAUAACCGGACCAGGUAGUUUUAUUGGUCACACUGGUACUGCUGCCGUUGGAUGCUCCUACAAGGCUGCUGCUGGUUUCUUGUAUCCCUUGGAGCGAGGUUUCAUUUACAUCCAUAAACCACCAAUUCACAUCCGUUUUGAUGAAAUAGCCUCAGUUAAUUAUGCUCGUGGAGGGGGUAACACGAGGUCUUUCGACUUUGAAGUUGAGUUAAAGUCUGGUACUGUUCAUACAUUCAGCAGCAUCGAAAAAGAGGAAUAUGCCAAACUCUUCGAUUUCAUAGCUUCGAAGAAACUGCAUGUUAAAAACAGGGGUAAAAAUGAGAAGGCAUCUUACAAAGACGAUUUUGGAGAUUCCGACAACGAAACAGCACCAGAUGCUUACUUGGAGCGUGUUAAAGCUGAAGGUCAAGAAAGGGAGGAAGAUAGCGAGGACGAAAGUACAGAUGAAGAUUUUAACCCUGAUGCCGCAGGAAGUGAUAAAGGGGAUGAUAGUAAAACAAGUGAAAGUUCCUCAGAAGGAGAGGAUGAUGAAUAAUCGACAAAUGUGUGUAUCGUUUAAGUUGUUGAAUGUACUCUGUUAGAUGAAGUUUUAGUUUUCUUAAAAUUUUUCAUGAAUUGAAAUCGAAAUAAAAACGUUUCUAUGAAA